AUGCGAGAAUCUGCUCGGCGGCUGCGGCCGAAGCUCCGAGCUCUGCUGGCGAAUCACGAAUUUCGGGAAAGAGACCCUGAAACGAAGACUUCACGUCUUCGGCCGUCUAUUGUCGGACCUGCGCAACAUGUCGUCCUCACAAGCGCCGACGCGAACGCCGUCGAUUGGCCCAGGUGCCGUGGAAUCAUCGCUCAGAAUACACCACAACCAGGUUUCUGCCCGGGCGAGACGUUUCCAGCAGAGAGGGCAGACGCUCGUACAAGCGUGUCGACGGCUUCACGACAAUCUACACCCGACCGCACCCACUCUGUAGCCCCGGCCUGUCAAGCUGUCAGGGCGAGAUGUUUGGCUGCUCAUGCGCUACGAGGGCAAAAGCAGUGUUUCGCGACAAUUUGGGCCAGACUCGCUGUGUUGCCCGGCGCAAGUGCAAACGCAGCUUCACGAAAGCAGCACGUGACACUGCGACGACGACAAACGCUGCCAUAA